AUGAAUGUGACUUCAUCAACAACAUUGGAUUCAGUUUCAAUUUUAUUACUUUCAUUAAAACGUAUUUGUCGUAAUCUAUCACAUUUACUUAAUGCGUUGGAUGCAGAUGUUGAUCUAUUUGAACAUAUAUUAACACAAGUUGCAUCAUCAAUUCAUGAAUCAUCAUCAUCGUCAUCAAGUAUUGAAAAUGAUCAAGAUAUAGAAAAAAUUGAAGAUUUUUAUGAAAGAUUAUGUGAUGAACAACUCGAACCAAAAUCACCACGUGUUACAACACUUUAA